CGACAACGCAUCGCUCAACGACUGCUUCCGUCUGAACUUACUGAAAUACCAGACUGCUCUUUGACCCUUACACAGCCGGAGGUACCCCAUUCGUCUCACCACCUCCAGUGCAGAGGGAGAGUAGGUAUAUGUUGACUAUCCACUGACGUCAAUUGAUCGAUUCCCUCUCACUCUUCUCUCUUGGCCAUUCAUCAUGUACGCUAAGAUAAUAUGCAACCCUCCGCUAGGGAAGGCAACCGUCGUUGGUCAGGCUCGAGAUGUCCAAUUUACCGUUGCGAUUGAGAGUUCUGCGGAGAAGAGAUGGAAUGUAGCAUUGUGGACCAACUGUAAUGACCCAACCAAGUGGGAAAGUGUUCCUUUCGAUCCAAUUGAGCGGCCUACAUCUACGCUAGUACUUGGUCAAAACGGCACCAAUGUAAAGCACCAAUGGUUUACUACUGCGCUGAAGAACAAUCCUGGACGCAUAGCCCCUGUUUCUUUCACAAUCACCUUCCGAGCCGGUGAAGACGAGGCGUGGAAAUGGGCUAAUGAUCAGUUCUCAACCUCGGAUGGCCAGCUGCUCUAUCAAUCUCUACGACUACAAGCUCAUGACCUAUCCGACUACAUAGCAGACUUGCCUCCGUACCUUCAAAUUGAUGAAGAACAAAGCGAGACUCCAGAGACGCUCUUGUGGUCCGUCACUAGCCCCGUUAGCGCGGCAUCUGGUAGAGCUUCCGGAUUCUCUAUUAACAAGCUUGGCCGGCCUACAGACUUCUUGAGAUGGUUCUCCUUGGUGCGACUAUGGAGUCCAUGGCUAGCACCUCGACAAGGGCAAACCAGCUUCAAUCCUGAUAAGGAAGCUGUAUUAGCAUCUUUUCUUCGUCAGGAUGGCUCACAUUUGGUCAUACUCGCGGUCAGUGGUGUUGAUGACGUCUUGACUACACUCCAUCACGACGGAAACGGGGGAAUAGUCAUGAAUUCACGCAAUGACAGCGAAAGCCAAGGCGUUGCCCGACUCGUUGUUGCAGUUGCUCAGUCUUUCGAGGUUGCCAAUGCGGCCGUCAUGUAUUACGCUCGGAAGUUGGUGAUGAAGUACGCACUAGCCUCGGGUGAGGCUUCGAAAGAAGAAAAGGCUAAGGGGGAUGACGAGAUCAAACCGGAGUGGCUAGAAAAUUGGUAUGAUGGACUUACGUACUGCACAUGGAACGGAAUCGGGCAAAAUCUCACCGAGGAUAAAAUAUUCACAGCUCUAGAUUCGCUCAAGAAGAAUGAGAUCAACAUCACAAAUCUCAUCAUUGAUGAUAACUGGCAGUCACUGGACACAGAAGGUGGCGACCAAUUCAAAAAUGCCUGGAUGGAGUUUGAAGCCAACAAGGGAGGGUUCCCCAGAGGUCUCCAAAGGACAGUGGCCGACAUUCGCUCCAAAAACGAAAAUAUCAAGCACAUUGCCGUCUGGCAUGCAAUACUCGGAUAUUGGGGCGGCAUCUCUCCACAUGGCAAGAUUGCGAAAGAGUACAAAACUGUCACUGUACAGAAGAAGGGUGGCGUUUCUGGAGGCAAGAUGCUCGCUGUAGCCGAAGAGGAUGUACCGCGGUUCUAUCAAGACUUCUAUAGCUUCCUUAGCUCUACGGGAGUUGACUCGGUCAAGACGGAUGCUCAGUUUUUCCUGGACGAGCUUGACGAUGCCACCGACAGGAGGGCCUUGAUCCGUACAUAUCAAGACGCGUGGUCCAUAAACAUCCUGCGUUAUUUCUCCGCUAAAGCUAUUUCCUGCAUGUCGCAGACGCCACAAAUUCUCUUCCACUCUCAGAUGCCGUUCAACAAGCCCCAGAUCAUGGUCCGCAACUCGGACGACUUUUUCCCAGAAGUCCCUGCCUCACACCCCUGGCACAUCUUUUGCAACGCGCACAACUCUCUCUUCACCCAGCAUCUAAAUGUUCUGCCGGAUUGGGACAUGUUCCAAACAUCACAUCCUUGGGCCUCGUUCCACGCCGCAGCACGCUGCGUCUCCGGAGGACCAAUCUACAUCACAGACGUUCCCGGGAAGCACGACGUCGACCUCAUCCAUCAAAUGACGGCGAAAACCCCACGCGGCAACACUGUCAUCCUGCGCACUCACACCGUCGGAAAGAGCAUCGAAGCAUACAGCAGCUACGAUGAGCCCGCAUUGCUCAAGAUCGGGACAUACGUCGGCAUGGCCCACACCGGAACCGGCAUCCUCGGCGUCUUCAACGUCUCGCAGCGCAGCAUUUCCGAACUGCUCCGACUCGAUCAAUUCCCAGGGACUGAGGAAGGCAGCUAUAUCAUCCGCAGCCACACUACUUCCCAAGUCAGCAGCCAGAUCCUCAAUGGAGAUGAUCCUUGCGCCUUGCUCAACCUCCCAGUCCAGGGAUGGGAGAUCCUCUCUGCCUUCCCUGUUCAUGACUUCGAGCUGCAGCGCAACCAACCCGCAGACGGCCCAUCAUCCAUCAGCGUCGCCAACCUAGGUUUGAUAGGCAAGAUGACAGGCGCUGCUGCUAUCGUGAAUACUGAUAUCCAUAUUGAUCGGACAUCCGGGAGGCUGAAGGUCUGGACGUCGUUGAAGGCGUUGGGUACUUAUGGCCUGUACAUCUCCGAUCUCCCGAAACGCUCUCUGGAGAACGACUUCAUGGCCCUCCUCUUCGGCAAACCCAUCCCGCUCGACUGCGUCAAAAUCAACGCCGUCUGUCCUAAUAUCCUUGAAAUCGAUGUUGUCAAGGCGUGGAAGGAGACGGACUCCGAGGCCGGCUGGAGCAACGAGGUUGCGGUCGAGAUCGUGAUCCGGUAAACUGGUUCACGAAAAACGUGGACCGAGUUCUAGCUCAUCCAUCUAUCAAAAGUAGUGUUCGAAUGCUUGAUUAAAAGGCGUAAGGCUGGUAUAUCUAAAACGACAUGUUACGAGAAUGAAUAGUUACCCUUCCUGCUUGGUCGAUGCUUAUGAUGUAAGUGCUUCUGAAAAAGCUCCCGCUGAGAAAAUACCUCGCGAUUGCAACGCCGAAAUAUGCCGAGUGACCCCUUGACUUUACAUAUUCAUACAGUCAAAUCCCCCCUAACGCCAACGCUGGAAUAACACUGACCCAAGAGAUACAAAUGGAAAAGGGCAAAGCGCCUCAAAAGGCCCAAUCAAUACCCACCAAGAAAUCAUAGCCAAAGGAACCACCUCACCCCCCUAACAACCCCAACACCGACCCCUUUCACCAGCCUCACCACAACCACAAUCAGCCAC